CUACCUAAUCCCAUUCCAGAAAUGUAAAAUCUUUGCUAAUCCAAUUGCGUGGGAACCCUAAACCAGAUCAUCCACAAAUAAUUACUUAAACAAUUACUCGCCCUCGCCAACAAAGAAAACCAACAAUGUGUUUAAGAAACCCAUUACUACUUGCGAAUCGCGUCAAUGCUACGUAUACGGGACCCAGGGAGGGGGCCACUGUGUCGGUUUAUAAAGAUACGGUUAAGAUUCAAACUCCAGUUAACAUUUGGACAUUGAAGUGACGGUUGUAGAAACAUAUUUCAAAGAUGGCAAAACUUACGAUUGUAGUGACGUUGGCCAUCUUGUGCGUCGUUACAUCCAAACCAUUGGAAAGUUAUGAAAACAUAAUGGACGCAGAACUCAGUAUCGCACCAGCUCACAGCGUCCAGAAAAGAUUCAUCAACCCUGCUCUGACUUCGGGAGCCUUCGACGACAGUGGAUUCAGCAAAAUGAGGACUAAGCGGAGCGAGGACGAGUGCGAGAAACUGCAACUAUGCAAGCUUCACGCGCGCUCCAGGCAGAACUUCAUAGCAGCGUUUGAACUUUACUUUGUCAACCGAGAGAACGCGAGGCUCUGGGACCACAGGGCGCGGUCCAUGGCAGAGUGUGAACAGCGCUUCAACUGCUACGACAGAUGAUGGAAUGCCUGACCUUCAUGUAGCUUAAUAUCUAAAUUAUUUUAGCAAUUGGUAAUUAGUUAAGUUAUAUUCACUUUGGCAAGUGGCCUGUACUUGGCAAUUCUAUUCGUGGACAUUUUGUAUGACCACGCAACGUAUGAGACUUCAUACAAAUUUCAUACACCCCAUGUCAAUGUGAAUAUCUUUAAUUGAGAUCUGUAAGAUGAUUUUAUUCGAUUUCUAGAUAUUUCGUAAUAAAACAUGAAAUAAAAGACUUAUUGUUUAACAAUCCGUUUUAUUUCUCACUUUGACAGGAAAAUCAAACAUCACCACAAAAUAUAAAUGCAUAAACCACAAUUAAAAUAAAACCAAAAAACACUUUAAAAUAAAUACACCAUACACACCACAAUGUUAAAAAUCUUUUCUUAAUUUUACAUUAUUACUUAAUUUAAUUCGUAUAUAGUUUUGGUAACAAAUAAACUGUUUUUCUUAGUAUCAACUAAAGAUGGAAUGUCAACGUUAGUUAAUUUUAUAUAUAUUUUAAAUUUAUUUGCGACUUGUUCGUUUGUCUUCAAAAUACUGAAAUAAUGCGCAUGUACUCGUUCAAUGAGUGACACGACAUUUAUUUAAUCGGAAAUUAUGAUCAAGUAAGGUAAACAUAAAUAAAUAAUUUAGAUCAAAGAUCAAUACACAUAUUAAUUUGAUGUACAAAGAGGGUGUAAAGGCCCUGGAUAAUUACUAUCAUAAGUUGACAAAGUACAAACAUUAGGACUCAAAUUAAUAUGAUUCACAGUAUUUCAGAA